AUGAAUUUUGUGCAUUCAAAAUCUCCUGAAGGAAUGAAAAGUGAACUUGAUUUAUUUGGAAUACCAUCAACACAAGUUGGAUUGGAAAAAGGACAUUGGAUCGAUCAUCAACCGGUAUCCAGUGUAGAAGACGGUGGUCCAAUCACAUUUCUGUGUCCAGGAACUGAUGAUUACGUUGACUUGUCGAAAACGAUUCUUGUAGUGAGAGCAAAAGUGACAAAGGCUAAUGGGCAAGAUCUUGACGCAGACGAAAGAGUCGGAGUUGUAAACAAUUUUCUGCACAGCCUUUUCAAACAAGUUGACGUCUUUUUGAAAGAAAAGCAAGUGACACAAGCUACUGGAACGUAUGCAUACCGUGCGUAUUUGGAGACGCUGCUUAAUUUCGGGAUUGGUGCUAAGCAAUCCCAACUCACCGCGGCUUUGUUUUAUAAAGAUACAGCAGGAAAAUUUGAUGUGUCCAAUCCUGCAAUAGCGGUUGCUGCUAACACCAACUAUGGUCUUAAAAAGAGAUAUGAAUUCAGCAGCCAGAGUAAAACGAUUGAAAUGGCUGGACCUAUAUUUAGUGAUGUGUUCUUUUCAGAACGUCUCCUGUUAAGCUUUGUAGACCUAAAAGUUAUUCUGAAUCGCAAUAUUAACGAGUUUUGUUUGAUGGCUUCUGAAGAUGAUGCGGAUUACAGAGUAAAAUUGAUGGAUGUUUAUCUGAAAAUACGUAAGGUGAAAAUUAGCCCAACCAUUUCCAUGGCCCAUGAGAUUGCAUUGAAAAAAGGUCCUGCUAUCUAUCCUAUCCGUCGUGUUGAAUGUAAAAGUUUCAUUAUUCCAGCUGGAAAUCCCUCCCUAAGAAAAGAUAACAUUUUCAACGGACUUGUCCCGAAAUCAUUUGUUUGUGGCUUGGUCGAAAGUGCGGGAUUCAAUGGCGCGUACAAACAAAAUCCAUUCAACUUUCAACAUUUCAACAUGUCGUUUAUUGGAGCGUCUGUGAAUGGCGAAGAAGUACCCUUGAAAGGUAUGCAACUUUCCUUUGCCGGUGCAAAUCCUAGAUAUAUUGAAGCAUUUUACACAAUGUUCUCUGGUACGGGAAAGAUGAACUACAACACUGGAAAUGAUAUCUCACGCGAUGAAUACAUAGGAGGAAACGUGCUUUUUGCAUUGGAUCUGACGCCAGACAUGUGUGGUAGUUCAACGCACUUUAAUGCUGUUCAGAAAGGAAAUUUCGCAGUUGACGUCAAGUUCUCUCGUGCGCCGGCAGCAGCUGUGAGUCUUGUCUGUUAUGCAGAAUUCGAAAACCUGAUACAGAUUGAGGUGAGAGAAACGUCAUAUAUGACUAUACCGGCUAGAUGA